AUGGCAUUCACCGGGUUGAAUUGGGAGCACGUGAAAAGCACAUUUUGGGAAGCGAAUAAAAUGAUAGACUCAAUGGUUACAAUGAUUGCUGGAAGUAGUGGGAGCCGGGAGGGCUCCGCAGACUCGAGAUCAUCUGGAAGCUCGUCAGAUGGUGCUAUUGUAGCAGGACCCGGCGGCCGUCUCGUAGUGCUAAAACGAAAAAGUGCAGACGAAGACGACUCGGACGGUGCGGCACUUUCCAAGAAGAUGUGCACAGAAAACAACGAUUCGCAGUCAGAUUUGAGCUCUUCUGAAGCCGAAGACACAAAAGGAUCCAUCAGAUUCCUCUCCUCGCUGACCAAUGUAAUAAUAAGACCGUCACAAAAACCUGCGCCCACAUACGCUGGUGCAGAUGAGUGGGUGCCUAAGGAGAUGGAAGAGAUCGCCGAAUUCCCAAUAGAAUCGGUUGACAAGUACAAAAAAGUGCACCCAAAUGCAGAGGCACCGAAGAAAUUCAUGCUUGUCAAUGGGGAGUUUUCGGUGGUCGCUAGUUUGGAGAAACUCACCGAGGAGAUGAACAUCCGCGCCUCGGAGCAAAACUCUCCACGUCAGCACAAGCAUCAAGACUCGCGAGAGGAGAAAUUGACGAAGAACGAGUUGACAGAUAAUGAAGAUCCGAAGAAAAAGAAGGAGAAAGAAGCCAAAGAAGAGGAGGAGAACAAAAAAGGCGACAAAGUCCUCUACCACCUGGCAAUCACUCUUUUCAAUGAGGAGAACAAGAAAUAUGUGAUGUCUUUGUACAGAAGUCAUAAGCUCGCCGACGUCGUUGCACUGUGCGAGAGAUGCCGUGAAAAUCCGGAACUUUUUCGCGUAUUCCCGAAAAGUAAGGUUCAACUGACGGAGACGUUGGAAGUUGAAGUGCCCGAGACGUUCUACACGACGUACUUUGGCUACUCGUCAAAUCGCGAAGAUACUGAUGUAGUUUUCGUGACGAGAACCAAGAAAAAUGUCAACAUCAAAGAGUAUCUACAUCUGAUUUUCAACGAACUCCGUGACAAUAUGACCUGGAAAUCAGUCCACAUAUCAUCAAAAAUCGGACUUCUUGAGUUUUUCGAGAACAUGAAAGAGCACAAACUGAAAAAAUAUCUCAAUCUGAUUGUGCAGCCAGAAGGGCUCUCACCGCUUAUGAUUGCUAUUCAAAAUGAUCAACAAGAAACAGUAAAAUGGAUGCUGGAACACGGUGCGGAUAUCAAUACGAUGACAUCGGAUGGUCAGAACGUGCUCCACGUAGCUGCUACGAUUUCGAAUGGAGAAAUUCUGAAAAUACUUUGGGAGACGAACAAAUGUAACGAGAUGGUGAACAAGGCAGAUGCCAAUGGAUCUACUCCAGCAUACACGGCAAUUACGAAUGCGUGUGUUAUGAAUUGUCACAUGCUGAGAGGUCAUGGUGGUGCUCUCCAGUCGACUGAAUCUCCAACUACAGUAUACCCAUUUAUCGGUGCUAUGAAACGUGGAAAAUUGGAUGAGGCAUCGCUCAAAAAGAUGCUUGAAAUGAAGCCAGAUGGAUUGACAGAAACCGAACCGACUACUGGAAACACCGUGAUCCAUUCGGCUAUCAACAAGCGAUCGCUGAUUUUGCUCAUGGAAAAAUUCCGAGAUCAAACGGAUCCGGAAGCCCGAAACGCGCUCCAACAAACGCCACUUCACACAUUUGUCAUCAAAGACGAGCUGGGUCUAGUGAUGACUCUUUGUGCAUACGGAGUUGAUAAGAAUGCGCAGGAUAUCAAUGGAAACACACCGUUGCACUGUGCGGUGACACGUGGAAACACGGAAAUCGCCAGAAUGCUGUUGUGUCUCGGAGCGAAACCGGAUAUUAAGAAUCGGUAUAAGGAGUCGCCACGUCACAUUGCCGCGAGAUUGUCGGAGAAAGAAGCGAAAAUGGACAUUGUCCGCGCACUCAUCAUCUGUGGAGCUCCUGCUUGUGACGACGGUUUCAUUGGAUGCGCAUUCGGAUGUAUGCAUAAAACGGGUCUGACUUCAUGCAAAACUCAACUUGGAUCCUCUUCAUCCGAUGAGCAAAGUAUGGAAGAUCGUGUGAAAGACAUCCACGUCAGUGAGCACGCUGCCUCGGCUCCCUAUGAAUUUGUGUUGGAUCCGGAUACCCAAUUGGUUGAGGAGGCGUACGCGGAGAGAAACGAGACAAGAGCAUUCCCACACGAAGAGGCGUUGAGAAGAGUGAAGGAGAAGUUGAAGGAGUUGGUGGAAAAGAAGAAUACGUCGAAUGUGAUCAAUGUGUUGGGAUUGGAUGGUGGUGGUAUUCGUGGAUUGGUGACUGUCCAGAUGUUGAUAUGUCUGGAAAACUAUCUCGACCGUCCACUUGUUGACUAUUUCGAUUGGAUUGGUGCCACGUCGACCGGAUGUUAUAUUAUGUCGACUAUGAUAACUGGAGGAUCACUGAGAGAUGCUCAGAAUUAUUAUCUGAUGUUUAAGGAUCAACUAUUCGAUAGUUGGACGAGACCGUAUGAUACGAAGACGUUAGAGAUGUUUAUUCAGAGAGCAUUCGGAGCGGAUCGAUUUAUGAGUGAUAUCAAGUAUCCGAGAUUCUUCUGCACCACAGUGCGCGCCGACACGUUCCCUGUUCAACUGGAUCUCGCCAGAAACUAUCGUCUACCGAUUAGUGAGAAAGAGAAUCACGAUUUGGGAUUCGGCGAUCCAAAAGAACUUUCAAUGUGGCGUGCCGUCCGUCGUAGCAGUGCCGCCCCGACAUACUUCUCGGCUAGUGAGGGCAAAUAUAUCGAUGGUGGAAUGAUUUCGAAUAAUCCGGUUCUCGAUUUGAUGUCUGAAAUUUGCUUCUGGAAUACCACGUGUCAGAAGAUGAAGCUACCUGACAAAAUCGUCGAUAUCGGAUGUGUCUUGUCCGUGGGCACUGGAAUCACCCCGAUCUGUCCCGUCGAUCCAUCGGUUUUCGAGAUGAACGAUUGGUUUGGAAUGCUUCGUGGAAUCAAGAACCUGUCACUUGUUGUCAUUGAUCAGGCCACAGCCACCGAGGGAGCGCCGAUCACUCGUAGCAGAAGUUGGUGUCAUUCGUUGGGUAUCCCGUAUUAUCGAUUGAAUGCACCGAUUUUUAAGGACGUCAUCUUGGACACCAACGACGACUCGGAGCUUGCCAAGAUUAUGUGGGACUCGGUGGUCUACUCGCAUACGCACAAAAAAGACUUCCAAGAACUCGCCGAUCUUCUGAAAGCUGUUGGUACCGUUGAUGAGCGAAAGGACCAUCUGAUAAUUUAA